UAUACAAACAUAUACACCGUGCACGCUUUGCUUUCUUUUUUCCCUGCGGUCUGGAAAUGAGUGUCUAGCUCUCCGUAAAAAUAGGUAUGAGGAUAGUAAAAUAAUGAAGGUGGUCUAGGCUUUCUAAUUCAGUGAAAAACUCUUGGUUCCUUGUGUAUAACAAGGGCAGCACUAUCCCAUUACAUUAGUACAAGUAACCAAACCAAGCAACACUACUACUAUCUUCCCUCUCAAGUCAACAUCUACUGCCACUGCAGUAGUCUUCGAUUCGGAAUGAAUCUCCCUAUCUAAUCUACCAAACAAAACGUGCUUUUGGAAUGCAACCUGGUUGUUUUGUUUUUUUUUGUUGUUGAUUAUGACAAGGAUUUCUAUAGUCAGGGAAACAAGGGUCAUGGCAAGGGAGUAAAUAAAUCUACACAUAUAUAUAGAUUAGAGAGAGAGGUAGACAAGUCCAACAAACAAACUUGCCUUUCUUUUCCCAUCUGAUCAUAUAACAUAACACACUGCAGGCUUCUUGUGUUGUGUUGUGUUCAUUCUGAAAUUUUGAUCUAUGUGAAACAAGUUCUGGCUAUACCUGCAAAGCCAGAAACAAUGGUGCCAGAGAACUUGAAGAAACAACUUGCUUUGGCUGUGAGAAGCAUCCAUUGGAGCUAUGCAAUCUUCUGGACUGAUUCAACUACCCAACCCGGGGUGUUGAGCUGGGGGGAAGGGUAUUACAAUGGAGACAUUAAGACUAGGAAAACAAGUCAAGGAGUAGAGCUCAAUUCUGACCAAAUAGGGUUGCAGAGGAGUGAACAGCUGCGAGAACUAUUCAAAUCCCUCAAAACUGUAGAAGUCAGCCCUCAAACUAAAAGGCCUUCAGCAGCACUGUCCCCAGAAGAUCUCACAGAUGCUGAGUGGUAUUACUUGGUUUGCAUGUCCUUCAUAUUCAACAUUGGCCAAGGGUUACCAGGAAGAACUCUAGCGAAGGGUCAAUCCAUUUGGCUGAACAAUGCCCAUUCUGCUGAUUGUAAAAUUUUUAGCCGUUCUCUUCUGGCAAAGAGUGCGUCCAUUGAGACGGUUGUGUGCUUUCCGUUUAGGGAAGGGGUUAUUGAGCUAGGUACUACUGAACAGGUCUCAGAAGAUUUGAGUGUCAUUGAACGGAUCAAAACUUCUUUCUUGAACAGUCUGCAUGUCGAUGUUCCCAAUAAGUCAGUAGCUACAUUGAAAUCAAGGAAACAGGAAGAUCUUUCUUAUGUAGCAUUUGAUCAUAAUGACUAUAAUGUUGAAUCGAUUCCAGAAGUUGGGUAUGAAAUAGCCAACACAACCUCUCCUAAUGGUAGUUCAAAUGCAAUCCAAGCCAAUCAACCACUAGAUGACACACUUAUGGUUGAAAGUAUAACCAAUGGCACUUCUCAAGUCCAAAACUGGCAAGUUAUUGAUGAUGAAUUGAGUAACUGUGUCCAUAACUCCAUGAAUUCCAGCGACUGUAUAUCACCAACUUUUGCCAGCCUUGAGAAUAUUGCUUCUGCCCCCAAGUGUAACAACCCUUCUGAUCCUUGUGCCCGAGAUUUUCAAAAGUGCAACAACCCAAAAAUGACCUUAGUGGAUCCUCGAAGUGAUGAGUGGCAUUAUCAGAGAGUUAUUUCCACCCUUAUAAAAAACACUGACCAGUUACUUAUGGGAAUGCAUUUGCAAAAAUUUCCUCAGGCAUCAAGCUUUGUUAGUUGGAGGAAAGGAGAGCCAAUGGAUUCCCAAUGGCCAAGAGCAGGAACCUCACAAAAGUUAUUGAAGAAAGUAUUGUUUGAAGUUCCUCAAAUGCACUUGGAUGGGCUUCAUGAGUCUCAAGAAGAGAAUGACUAUAAAGAGGGAAUGAGAGUAGAAGCUGAUGAAAACGGCAUGAACCAUGUUAUGUCAGAAAGGAGGAGAAGAGCAAAACUAAAUCAAAGGUUUUUAACCCUUAGGUCAAUGGUCCCUUCAAUCAGUAAGGAUGACAAAGUUUCGAUACUAGAUGAUGCAAUUGAAUACCUUAAAAAGCUUGAGAGAAGGAUAAACGAGUUGGAAGCUCACAGGGGUGUAACAGAUAUAGAGACUGGGACUAGAAGAUCACCACAAGAUACGGUGGAGAGGACUCCUGAUCAUUAUUUUAGCAAAAAUAAUAAUAAUAAUGGUAAAAAACCAGGGAUGAAAAAGAGGAAGGCUUGUGGUGUAGAUGAGAAAGGAAGAGAGAUUAAUUUAGAUGCUUUAAAAGGCAGUUAUGCUAAUGAUGUUAUUGUGAGUACCAGUGACAAUGGAAUUGUGAUCGAAAUGAAGUGCCCCUCGAGAGCAGGAAGGAUGCUAGAAAUUAUGGAAGCAAUUAACAGUUUCAAUAUAGAUUUUAGUUCAGUUCAGUCAACAGAAGCUGAUGGAAAUCUUUAUCUGACCAUUAAAUCUGUGCUCACAGGACCAAGGGUUGCAACAGCCAAAAGAAUCAAACUAGCACUACAAAAAGUGGCUUCCAAGUGCUGAUUUUUUGUCUUUACCUUAAAAACCAUGGGUUGUUGAAUUUAAUUCUUACCUCUGCCGUGUGACAUAGAAAGUUCAUUAGAUUGAUGGAGUCACAACUCACAAGUGCAGCUCUUGGAGAUUUCUCAUAAAAGGAAAAUGUAGACUUUCACUCAUCUUUCGGCCAUACCAUAACUCUUGGUGACGUAACAUAUAUGGACUUUUAAGCACUUGUAAAUGGGUAGGUAUGCUUAGUUGACUAGAUUUAUGUAAUGCCAUUUGCUCCUAUGGCAUCACAAAGGUUGACCAAUGACUAAAUAUUGAUAGAGAGACGUACAUUAUUAAUUAUGAUAGCUUUCUUCAGAGCUGCGCGUGAUGUUAAAUUGAAAAUGAACCUACCUAUAUGAUUUUUGUACAGUACUACUACUAGUAUACUAAAAUGAACACAACUAUUUUGACCAUGAAUCUAUAA